AUUGAAGCCCGUUAGUCAGCUGUGCUUAAUCAGCAUUAAUUAUUACACCGAGUGGCAAGUAGGUGUAUAACUAAAACAGAAUCUAUUUGAGGAAUAAUAUUUGGCACCUGUAUUAGAAAAGCUGACGAUCCACUUCUUAUCUACCCUGAAGUUUUAUCUAUUAUAUCAAACAGAGACGACUACGAGAUAACAUAUCAAUCCAUACAUACCCGAACAACUGAAUCGUUCUUUGGUUAAGUAAAAAGAAUGGUGUUUAAUAAGGAUGGAAAAGCUUGAAUGCUAAAUUGUGGUUUGGUUAAAGUUUUUUUAUUGUCAAUUACGGAGUUUCGAUGUGCUACAUUGAAUUUUUAAGACUUCAGAAUGGCCCGAAACAGUGAUACUCUUCCAUUUCCUACAUCUAUAUCAAUACAGUCAUUAGAUCACAGCAAAUUAUAUAAUAGGCGUGCACAAUCCCGCGAAAAUUUAGUUGAAAAAGAAAUUACCAAUGACUCGAACAGCAAUCAAUCUACUUUUGUAUAUGACUACGAAGAAUUGGCUGAAUGGAAGGGUUUUGAUAAACCUCCUAAACUCCCGCCGAGGAAUUUUAAAAAUGCUUACUGUGACACUAAUGACCUUAAAAAACAAACAACAAACAAGACAGGAGUCACAGGGAUGUCUCUGGAUGACAUGUUCUGCUCCCGCUGUCGCGAGGGAUUCGAGCCGCACGAGAAGAUUGUCAAUUCUCGCGGAGAAUUGUGGCAUCCGCAAUGUUUUGUUUGUGCACAGUGCUUUCGGCCUUUUCCCGAGGGUAUUUUCUAUGAGUUUGAAGGAAGAAAGUAUUGCGAACAUGAUUUUCAUGUUCUAUUCGCCCCUUGCUGUGGCAAGUGUGGUGAAUUUGUCAUUGGAAGAGUAAUCAAAGCCAUGAAUGCUAACUGGCAUCCUGGCUGCUUCCGUUGUGAGGAGUGUAGCGGUGAACUAGCAGAGACUGGUUUCAUGAAAUGCCAAGGAAGAGCAUUGUGUCAUACCUGCAACGCUCGAAUAAAAGCUGGGGCUCUUGGAAAGCAUAUCUGCCAUCAAUGCCAUGGAAUAAUCGACGACAAGCCGCUGCGUUUCCGUGGUGAAGUAUAUCAUCCCUACCAUUUCAACUGCACGGCUUGCGGGAUUGAGUUGAAUGCUGAUGCCAGAGAAGUUAGGUCCAGGCCUGGAUUUGCGGCUAAUGAGAUGAAUGAACUGUAUUGUCUGAGAUGCCACGACAAAAUGGGAAUACCGAUCUGCGGAGCUUGCCGGCGUCCGAUAGAAGAAAGAGUUGUCACUGCCUUGGGAAAACAUUGGCACGUAGAACACUUUGUUUGUGCAAAGUGCGAGAAGCCAUUUUUAGGUCAUCGUCACUACGAGAAAAAGGGCCUUGCUUACUGUGAGACUCAUUAUCACCAGCUCUUUGGAAACCUAUGUUUUGUUUGCAACCAAGUAAUUGCUGGAGAUGUUUUUACGGCAUUAAACAAAGCAUGGUGCGUACAUCAUUUUGCUUGCGCAUUUUGUGACCAAAAGAUGAACCAAAAGACAAAAUUCUUCGAAUUUGACUUAAAACCCGCUUGCAAGAAAUGCUACGAGAAAUUUCCCCAGGAAUUGAAAAGGCGUAUGCGUCGUAUGUACGAUUUAAAUCCAAAAAAAAUACCUGCCUAAACAAAUAAUAAAAUACUUUUACCAGAUGUGUUUAAAAAAAAGUACAUAUAUGUUUAUAUAUUUAUUGUGCUUAGCAAUUGCCGUUUAAAAUUACAUUAGACAAAGAUCAUUCUUUGAAGAAGUAAUCAAAGUAAAACGUAACAUGGAUUAAAUUUGUCCCCAAGACUACAAAAAUAUUUUAUAUAACUGACUUUAUUUUUAAGUAAAUAUUUAUCACGUAAUGGAAAAAUAUUACUUGGCCAACUAACGCGCAUCUUCUAAUUAUUCGACAUGUACUGUUCGCAUUCUGAUAUUCGGAUUUUUCCAAGUAUACCUAGAGAAUGAACAACCAUUUCGAUCUAACAUUGAAGCAUUCUCAAAUGUUCGUGCCUUACACCUAGCUUAGGAAUAGAA